AUGAUCGACUGGAACCGCGUUACAACGCACAAUAACCCAAAUGAAAUGUGGGACUUUUGGAAACACCUGUUAGGGAAUGUUAUUGAUAAGGAUGCACCAUUCACAACAAAAAGGGUUAAAAACGAACGGUCUCCCUGGAGUACUAAUGAGCUGUUGCCUGAAAUACAUAAAAGAGACUUUCUAACAAAGAAAGCUACAUCUACAGAUGAUCCUUCGAUUUGGAAACAGUUUAAAGAUGCAAGAAAUAAGGACAAUAACUCAGCGAGGAAAGCUACACGUAAAUACUUUUCUGAAAACCUUGAUGCAAACAAAAGUGAUCCUCGUAAAAACCUAGCGAUUAAUUAA